CUCUCUCUCUCUCUCUCUCUCUCUCUCUCUCUCUCUCAAAUUUCACUUCUCUUCCAUCCUUUGAGUUUUAUCUUUUAUCUUAUCUCUCUCACACUAACUUCCAACAAACUUUCCAAUUUCAUAUAAAGAGUCUCCAAAUGAAACUAUUUUAAAGCAUUCAUUUCUUUGGAAGUGUACCGUACAGCGCAUCUCACCGGAUCUCGCCCCAUUUUUAAUUUUUUUUGCAGUUUCUAUCUAGCGAGUCAGUAUGAGUCAACUCGGUUUCAUAUUACACGAAUCGCUCCGUCCUCAAAGAGAACCAAGAACGUUACUCGGUUUAUUAACAGAACAAAUGGACGGUGCAGAUUCAUCAACAACGAGAAGACGUAGUCUGAAAGAACGGUUCAGAUUCACCGGUAUCGGUGGUUGCUGUGGCGCCACCUGGGUUUUCCGUCCAAUUAUCCGACACGAACAUCACCACAACCAACAACAACAACAACGGCAAGAGGAAGCAAGAGAAGGAGAAGCUAAUGUGGAGCAACAAGAAGCACAGGUUCAAGAUCCGGAUCCGUCUAGUUCUUCUGGGAUGAAUCUUGCGGCGGCAUUGGCGGCGGAGCGACAGAUGAGGGGAACGGAGGAAACUAGCGGCGGAGAAAGAGCGACGCCGUGGAGAGUUUCGUUGAUGAAACUGUUGGAGGAAACGGAAGUGGAAAGUGAGAGUACGACGACGACGGUUAUGGAGGGGAGUGAUUCGGUGUGCUGCGUGUGCAUGGGAAGGAAGAAAGGUGCAGCGUUCAUACCGUGUGGACACACUUUUUGUAGAGUGUGUUCAAGGGAACUGUGGUUGAAUCGAGGGAACUGUCCCCUUUGUAAUCGUUCUAUUCUCGAGAUUCUCGAUAUUUUCUGAAACUCAUUAUUACUACCCAUUUUCCUCAUUAUUUUCCUCAUUCUCUAUUUUUUUUUUUAAGAUAAAAAGUUCUCAUGAUAUUUCAUUUAAGGUAAUAAUAGUCCAUGAUUGUUUUCAU